AUGACUGCCAUUAAGCACACUCUAAACAGGGAUGUAUUUUUGCCAAAUGAUGAGCGCCUCAUUGGGUUUGUGCAUGUUACCAAAGUUGGGCGGAAGAAGAAAACAAGUUUUUUGUGUGCUGCUUUGAGUACAGAGACUCCAGUGCAGGCUCGGGUAUACCAGGUCAAAAAGGCUGACAAAACAGAGGCAUACAAAAAGAAAGUCACAUGGCUGCUCAGAGAAUUGAAAGUGGUGGAUGGAAAGAGUUCCAGCAAGGAAACAGCAGAGUUUGACCUUCAUUUUGAGAAAGUAUAUAAGUGGGUUGCAAGCAGUGUCAAUGAUAAAGAGACUUUCAUAGCUUGUCUCUGGAAGCUAAGUCAAAGGUACCUGAUUCAGAAGCCAGAUUUCCUGAAUGUACCGCGGCAUUUACUGGAAGAGGUGAGCAGGCCUACUGGGGCCAUACAGACCACUCAGCAGGAAGAUGACAUUGUUACUAUGGAAGAUGAUUACCAGGCCUUGACCCCUAAAGAAGAGUCUGACCUUGAUCAGCUGAUGUCAGAGUGUAAAAUCGCCAUCAGUAAUGCUGAACUUUUUGCAGAACAGCUCUCCAAGCAGCUGUCAGUUCUAGAUGGGGCCAAUAUCCACUCUAUAAUGGGUUCUGAAGACCAGGUACUAAACCUAAUGAGACUUUUGGAUGAUGGCAUUCAGUCUGCAGAAAAAAUUGAAGAUAAACUGGAAUUUUAUGACAGUAUUUUACAGAAUGUAAAAGAUCAGAUGGAAGUGAUGAAGGAGAAGGAUGCUCUGAUUAAAACCAGAAACAAAAACCACCAGCAGCUACUGGAGGAAUUAGACAGUUUAGUGAAACAACUGGAUUUAGACACAAAAUACUUAAAAGCCUUGCAGGAUGGAGACCUGAAUACACCUGGUGGUAUCUACGAGUGUACCACUGCAGCCCACACCUUACAGAGAUGUCUUAAUGUAGACAUCCAUCCAGCAUUGAAUCAAAUGGCUGCACUGGAGGAACAGCAAAGAAAAUUCUCAAAAUUUUCAGAUAAAUUUGGCAAGAGAUUGGCUCAUCACCUUAACAACUUGUUCAUACAUCAGGGCAAUGAACAUGGAGAGACCCUCAGUCGUCAGGCCCCGGACUUUAAGCUUCCUCAGCACAACUCCGCUCACCGAGACCUCACUCCGUAUGCUGACCUCAUGCUGUGGCUGAAAAACUCCGAUUUCGAUAGCUUUACACAGCUCUCUAAGGUUUACACUCAGAGUUUGAGUAAGCUGUAUAAUAAAGAGAUACAAGACUUUCUGGAAAUGGCCAAGCAGAAAUUAGGAAGCAAACCAGAUAAAAACAGAUUAGGUGUUGGUUUGACCAGCCAAGCAAGAGCCCUCUCUGGUUCAUCCUCCAGUCUGAACCGGAAAAUGUCUGGUUCAGUACAAAGUCUCAAUUCUGACAGUACCUCAAUGCAUGGAUCCAGUCAUGACUUAGCUAUGAGACAUUUAUUUGACCAGGUCAUUGAUAAAAUCCUCAGUGAACUGGAACCAGUUUGUCUAUCAGAACAGGAUUUUUGUGUGCGAUUCUUCCAUCUUGCUGGGGACAUGCCUGCCACAAAAGAACCCAAGCAGGAAGAAGAAUCGGAGGAUAUUUGGAAACCUAUUCAGCCUGCGGCACCACCAGUGGAGGAGUUCUAUGAGGAAAAUUUAGGUGGUGGCCUUAAGAUACAGAGGCGCCGCGCCAAAUCCAAGCUGAGACACAUGAAUGAGGAAGUCAGAAGGAUGAUGGGAGAAUUGUUUCCAAAUCUGGAAUCAGAGCUAGAGGCUUUUGUGUCUUAUGCAGAUAGACUGGAUGGGUUUAACUCUAUGUACAUGUUGGUAAGAAUGAGUCAGCAUGUAAAUAAAUCCCAGGAUGCCGGCUCCUUCCUCAGUGUAAUGUACGCCAGCUGCCUCGUCAAGAUCAAAAGAAACUUCGACAAGUUCAUUUCAAACCAGAUAAAGACCAUUCAAGACUUUAAAGUUUCCAAAAAGAGCCGAUGUGGAAUUAUAGCAUUUGUCCACAACUUUGAGGAAUUUGCAAACCAAGCUGAGAAUAUUUUUAAGAAUUCAGACAGACACACCCAUUUGGAUAAGUCCUAUAAAACAUUGGUAGCUGUCAUCUAUGAACAAAUAGCCAGAGUGGCCAAUGAGAGUCAGAAAACACCAAAGGAGGUUGUUAUGAUGGAGAAUUUCCAUCAUAUGUAUUCCACACUUUCCAGUCUAAAGAUCCCAUGUCUGGAGUCUGAUAGAAAAGAGGCUAAACAGAUCUAUCAAGACAACUUGAAUAGUUACACUUUAAAUCUUCUGGGUAGACCCCUAGAAAAACUACAUGUGUUUUUUGAGGGAGUACAGAACCGGGUCGCUACAGGUGUGAAGCCAGAGGAGGUGGGAUUUCAGUUGGCGUUUAGUAAACAGGAAUUGAGAAAGGUUAUCAAAGAGUACCCAGUCAAAGAGGUGAAGAAAGGUUUGGAUGGAAUCUAUAAGAAAACACAUAAGGACCUAUGUGAAGAAGAAAAUUUGCUACAGGUAGUGUGGUUCUCCAUGCAGGAUGAAUUCAUCAAACAAAUCAAACAUUAUGAAGAUCUGAUUAAUCAAUGUUACCCAGACUCUGGGAUCACACUGGAAUUCAAGGUGGAUGAUGUGUUAUCUUUCUUCUCAGAAAUUGCCCAGAGUCGUUGAUUGGUUGUUACUGGAUUCUUAAGCAUGAUCAACAAAUGUGACCGCAUGGACAUU